AUAACAUGUCAAAAUACCAGCUGUUUAAGUGUUCAGAUACCAAACCAAUUUUCUAACGAUAAGUCUGAAAUGUGAUAAAACGUUACUAACAAUUUUAGAAUGGAUAAAUCCUAAUUAGAAGUAGUUUACCUAUUAUUUGAAAGCACGAUGAAUCGACAGAGCUUUUAUUUCGGCAGUGAUGUGGGUGUUUUUUUAAUCAAAGGCAUAGAUGUUAAAAGCACUGGGGGUUUAGUGGCAAUUUGCGUUUUUGUGGGUUGUUUUUCCUUUUUCUUUGAGUAUUUGAGAUAUUUGCAAACUAAAAGCAAACAAAAGGAGCUGAAAUUGCGGGCCAAGCAAAUUAAGCAGUUAUGUCCUACAGAAAGUGCUACUUUAUUAGCUGGCACAAUUACCAAUCCUAGAAAUCCUUUCAAUAUAACUCUAUUCGACAGAGCUUUGCUAUUUGGCACAGAAGUCUCACUUUGGCUGUUCCUUCAAACCUUAGGCUAUGUGAUAAUGUUAUCUGUUAUGCUGUAUGAUGCAUGGAUUCUUAUUUCGGCCGUCAUAGGCGGCGGAAUUGGGUACUUUGUAUUUGGCCAGAAGUUUAUGAAGAUUAAUUUGGAGAAUUGUCAUAUUAUACGAGAAACAUACUGCACGCAGAUAUGUGGGGAAACAGAUGUCGGCGGAUACAAUGGAGAGCCGAGUCAAUCCACACCGCCUUUGGAAAGUCCAUCAGAAUCACAAGAAGAACUUCAGAGAAAGUGCCAUGGAGAUGGUAUGGUAAGUCGCGCUGUCGAAGUGAGCGUUCAUAGGGAAUGUCACUAAAUGUACCUGUUUUUGAAACGUUUGUUUGAGACGUAUCAUGAACCAACACAUUUUACUCACCUAAGGGUCAGAGACUUGCAUAAUAUCAACACACCGACACAUAAAUGUUUUACUAGAUACAUUUAUGAAAAUAAAUCAAGUCUCAUUCAAUAGCGUUAGCUAACACUCAAUAAAGUGUCGUUUAUUUGGGAUUCACGCUAACGUUCUUGAAUGUGCUUUGCUGAUGACUUCGCAGCUCAUCCAAGUGAUUCGUUUUCCAAGCAAUAAUUUACUCAUGUCAAACUACAUAAUUAAUGCGAAGUGCCUUGGAUGUGAAUGUGCAUUAUUACUGUCAAAUUGAUAUAUUUCCUCGGUAUUCACAUUCAAAACAAGCAGAAAUUGGUUGCGCGCAUACAUACAUUUUUCUAGAUAAAUGUAAGGUGCCAACCCGAGGAAAAAGAUGUAACUAAUUAAGAAAAUAGCUGCGAAUAGUAGGACUAUUUUUCCUAUCUAGUGUUCAAAAUGCUGUUUUUGUUAAGUUUGGUCGUUUAUAAAGAGAUUUAUUUAUAUAUAAUGAAAGUAUACUAUUAUAUAAGACAUACUCAAUCACGCCGAUAUUUAUGGCAUAUACAUGUAUAUGCCACUUUCCAAAUUGCCCAUUAUUUAAUAAGCUUUCAUUACAAUACUUAUUGAAAUAUGGGGGACGUAGUGUCUUUUACAUUUACUUGAAUUUUACCUAAGUCAACCUUGUGAACUAGCUAUAUUAAGUCGUUCGUCAACAUAUCGUAAUUUGCCAAAGUAAACUAUUAUAGGUCUGGUUUUGGAUUUACACAGGGUAAUCUAUGAACAUUAAAAUAUUUUUAAAGUUGAAAUAAUUACCAGGCAAAUAUAUAAAGAUUUUGCUACUAUAUUGGUUACUGACCAGAGGUUAAGGUUUGCUGUUAACGGGAAGAUUAAGUGUUAAAAUUGAGGUAAGGUGUAUUUUGUAAGCGUAUUUAUACAAAUAUAUAUAAUGACAAUCUGUCGAAA